ACUCAUCCCUUAACCAAGCAGGGUGGGGCUAGGUGCGCGUGCGCGGUUUUAAUACUCCUCCCCAAACUGCCAGCACUUCACUCAAGCGAAGUAGGCCCCGCCCUGCCUAGAUUUACGCGUGCGUACUAACGGGCCUGGCCCCGGAAGAUCACACGCGUGCGUGGUAGGGACUACGGUGACAGUACCCCGGGUGGGGCGAGGGCCAGUCAUGGCGGAGCCCUGGUCUGGGCAGGCCUUGCAGGCUCUACCGGCCACGGUACUGGAUGCGCUGGGCGCGCUGGGCAGCGAAUUCUUGAGGGAGUGGGAGGCGCAGGACAUGCGCGUGACCCUUUUCAAGCUGUUGCUGCUGUGGUUGGUGUUAAGUCUCCUGGGCAUCCAGCUGGCCUGGGGGUUCUACGGGAAUACAGUGACCGGGUUGUAUCACCGUCCAGGUGAGGCUUCCUACAAACUUCCGUGGGCUGGCCGCCCCCGCCCCCACCCUCUCCCGACUGUAUCACUGGGUUCCCCAACUAUCCUGCAAGAGGCUCAUCAGAACUUAACAUUGGUUCACGGCCUUACCACCCUGAACGCAUCUGACCACGAAGCUAAGCCGGGUCUGGGUGGUCAGAAUGGAUCCACGCCUGAUGGCUCCACGCAUUUCCCUUCGUGGGAAAUGGCAGCAAACGAACCUCUCAAAACCCACAGAGAAUAAGGGAAGGCAGCAGAGGGUCUCCAAGGGCAUCACUGGGUCUGCUGGCUUCUACACUGGGUUCUGCUACUCCCCAGACCUCAGGGACAACUGCCGGGGUUUCAGGGUUGGUAGCAGGGUACCCAGUGCCUGCAGGGCUGGGCCUGUUCUGCCUCUUGGCCCUACGCCCUCAUCCAGGCACUGGGCAAGGGAAGAGUUUGCCUGUACCCUUAUCUGGGUGCCUUAAGGAGAGAGAUUGUGUUCCUCCUCUCUCAGGGGUGAUAACUCAGGAAGCCUCUGGGUUGGGAAGGCCAUCAGUUCUUUUGUCUUAGGUUUCUUUUCCUGUCCCUCUUCUCAUCCCCGAGAUAUGAUCCCAUAAAAAUAUUUCCUGAGUUGGCCAGACGCGAUGGCUCACGCCUGUAAUCCCAACACUUUGGGAAGCUGAGGCAGGCGGAUCACGAGGUCAGGAGUUCGAGACCAGCCUGACCAACAUGGUGAAAACCCCAUCUCUACUAAAAAUACAAAAAUUAGCCGGGUGUAGUGGUGCACACCUGUAAUCCCAGCUACUCAGGGGGCUAAGGCAGGAGAUUCGCUUGAACCUGGGAGGCAGAGGUUGCAGUGAGCUAUGAUUGCGCCGUUGUACUCCAACCUGGGUGACAGAGCGAGACUCCAUUUCAAAAAAAAAAAAAAAAAUUUUUUUCCUGAGAGGAAGCCUGAGGUUGACCAGCUCUGGGAUUUGUAAGGCAGAUCUGUUUUCUCCUAAGCCCUGAGUUUUCUGAAUCCCUGGUUUUGCUUUAUUGGCAAGGAGCCAGGGAGUCCUGACCUGAGCCAGACCUUAAGCUCUAUGGUUAUUUAGCUGGCCAUUCAGGUGUAAGGCAGGGUGGUGUCCCUGCUGGCACCAUCCAGAUCCAGGCACCAAACGCCCACAUCCCUGGCCCAAUCAGAUUUCUCCUGUGAGCCAGGCAAAGGAAAUUGUCAUCUGCCAACUGUCCUACUCAUAUUCCUCUCAGUCCUUCUUGGGGGUAAGCUGAGUACCUGAAGGAGCACAGCUGAACCGCUGGGGUAGCCUCCUACCCCCCACUGCUUAAGUGCCUAUGGGAAUGUGGGUCUGUACCUUGUCCCCUCAUAGGAUGGUAACAAGCAUUUAGUGCACAGUGGCCCCAUCAUAGCCUGUAGCCUCAUCAUUACCCAUCUGGACCUGGUACAAACGCAUGUCACAGCCUCAGCUCCUCCCCACUAGCAUCUUCUCUGCCUUCAAGAACCAGGCAGCCCUGCCAUGUCACAAUAGGCCAGAGGAGUUUCCAAAGGCGUGGGUGGCAAAUGCCCCUAUAGAAACACCAGUACCUGAAAGCACUGUAGCCCUGGACCUGCCUCCUUCCCUCAUGGCCAUACUUCUGCUUCCAUCCGCUGGGCCACCAGCCACUUUAGUGACCCCUGCCUACUUCCUCCCUGUUGGAUGUCACACUUCCAUCUGGUUGCCUUUGCCUAAGCCAUCUUUGUGGUAGAGGGGCACUGGAAUUGCAGCUGUACUGAGGAUGAUGGUCUUCACAGCCCCAGGCCCACCCACUGAUACUACUGCACAGAGUCAGGAUCUCACAUUUCACCCCAGGCUCAACUGAGGAUGUGGCUUAUUAAACACGGAAGUGCA